GCCUGCCUGCCUGCCUGCCUGUCUGCCUGUCUGCCUGCCUGCCUGCCUGCCUGGACUUUCUUGUCAACUGCAUCUCUCCACUACAAACACCUAGUAACGACUGUUGAAGGCUGUGGACUGGCGGCUCACAGUAAAAUGAGUGAGUGGUUUAAUGGGACCGUGUUCAUGGAACGGCUUUGGCCAGAUGCACAGAAGUGGAUGCUGGUGGCUGUGUUGGGACUGGAGAUGGUCAUGGGAGUUGUGGGAAACUGUCUUAUUCUGCUAGUCAAAGUCAUGUGCAGAGGUCAGUUCUGCUGUCGUUACUGGCUUCCUUUCAUCGGUCUCUCCAUGUCUGAUUUAGGCUGCUCCCUCAUCAUCAUCUCCAGCUCCCUGAUGGCCAUGCUGACAGGAGGUCAGAGGUCACCGUGGUGUGAGGUCGUAAGCCUGUUGAAGUUAGCUUUCAUCACCUCCUCUAUAGGAAGCAUAGCUAUCCUCUGUGUGCAGCGGCUGAUUGGCAUGGGCUCCAGAGGAGGCGCACUCUUUGUUGUUAUGGUGACAGCGUGCUUUGCUUCUUGGGUGACAGGGGUGGUGUUCGGGAGUGUUCCUGUUUUCUACUCCUGGAUCAAGUAUGACCCUGCAGAGAUGAUGUGUGCUGUCCUCUGGGAACGCAGUUACUCAGACAUGCUGGUCUACAUUCUCUGUGCUUUUUCCAUCUGUAUCUUCCUCCCCUUCCUCUUCAUCUUCCUCUGCUCUCUACUGAGGGCCACCGUCUGCCGCUCGAGCUGCAAUAGUGAUGAUGAAGCAGAUCUGUCUGCAGUCACUCCUCUGCUGGUGGCCUCCUACAUCCUCUGCUACACUCCUUUUGUUGUGUCUGAGAUGAUCCUGCUGGGCAGGAGGGACCUGUCACCAGCACCUGAGUGGUUAAGGACACUGUCAUCAGUGAUGUCAUACUUGGACUGUGGUCUGAACCCUCUUAUCUAUUGCUCCCAUCAGCACUUCCGGGAGGCAGGCCUGGCCCUGCUGUGGACCAAUAAGAAACCCUCAUUAGAGCCCGUCCUCAAUGCUAUCAUUAAACAUGACUUGUAAACAUGUGAGGGGUUUCACAUUUAUUUCACAGAAAUUUCAAAAGGACAACCCCAGAAUGGCACAUCUUAUAAACAUGCAUUUAUCUGACAUCGACAUCACUAUGUAAUUACAGACAAAUUCCUUGUUUGUGUUAAUCUGCUUGACAAUAAAGCUGAUUUCCGAGAA